AUGCACCCCUUUCCCCCAUAUUUCUCGAAUCUCGAUCUGGCAUGGCUCACGGAGAAGCAGGCGCACCGCGGUGCCUACCAUGUGCCCGCCUCUGCGCCCGCGCUUGUCUGUGCUCCGCGCGCCGACAGGUUCCGCCCAUCCUUCAACGUCGCGCCCGGCACCUUUCUGCCCGUCGUCCGCGCCGCCGCUUCCGCCACCCCGUCCGCCUCCCAGCACGCUGCUUCCGCUUCCGCCAAGUUGGCCCCUGCGGAAUCGGAAGGAGCCGCGGAGAGCUGCGCGGAGGCGGAAGAGGCCCACGAAGAGGGGCGCGCGCAGGAGGAGGCCGGGGAAGAGAGAGUGAAGGGGGGAGAAGCGGAGCAGGAACAUCAAGCGGAGGGAGAAGGGGAGGAGCAGGCUGAGGAGGAGCGGAAGGGGCAGGCGGAGGGGAAACGGGAGGGGAAGGGGCAGGCGCAAUGGGAGCAGGCGGAGGGGGAGCGGAAGGGGCAGGCGGAGGGGGAAGAGCGGGAGGUGCAGGUGAUGAAGUGGGGGCUGGUGCCGUCGUUCUGCAGCAAGGCACAGCCGCCCGACCACUUCCGCAUGGUGCAUGGGAGGUAUGAGGGGCGUGGGAAGGAUGCAGAUACUACCUGCAGUCAGUUUAACAUGGGAUGCCUUCUCACUCCUCCAUCCUACCCCUCUCCCGAUGCCAGGUUCUACGAGUGGAAGAAGGAAGGUUCCAAGAAGCAGCCGUUCUACAUCCACAUGAGUGACGGGAGGCCGAUGGUGAUGGCGGGGCUGUUUGACUGCUGGCGUGACGCGCAGGGCGAGCGACUGUUCACCUUCACAAUAGUCACAACGGCGGCUUCACAGCGCCUGCAGUGGCUGCAUGACCGCAUGCCGGCCAUCCUGCCAUCACAGCACCACAUCACAGCCUGGCUGCACGGCAAGCUCUCAGGGCCUGACGCCAUCACCCAGUGCUGCUCGCCCUACAACCACCCCGACCUGGUGUGGCACGCAGUGACGCCAGAAGUGGGCAAGCCGGCCUUCGACGGCCCGCAGUGUGUGCAGCCGGUGAGAUCACGCAAAUGCUAA